GUUUACAACUCUGCUAAAUUCGCGUCGUGUUCACUGAGAUACUAACUCAGUGCUACUUCAGUAAAUUGAUUGAGCAGUCCAUUUCGGAUACUCCAAAAAUAUUCAAAAAUGUCCUCAUAUCACUUAAGCACCAAGGAGCGCCUGCUGGCUAUAGUGGAUGAUAUCGAAAUAAUUUCAAAGGAACUGAUAGAGAAUACAAUCGCUCCUAAACAUUUGAAGAUGUCCAGUGCUGAUCAUGCUCAGCUGGUCGAGCUACUAGUGUCCAAGGAUAAAGAAUUAAAAUCAACCCUUCAGUUAGCGGCCGAACAAGCCGGUAUUGAGAAGAAAAUGGAUGCAUUACGGGAGCAGGUUAAAACGCAGGAUGAAGAGAUAAAUCAGCUGCAGAAGCAGCUGAAGGAAGCCGAGCAUAUCCUAGCGACGUCGAUUUUCCAGGCACGCCAAAAGCUUGGCAGUAUUGCGAAAGCUACCAAGAGACCGGUGUCAUCGGAAGAGUUGAUCAAGUUUGCCCAUAGAAUUAGUGCUUCGAAUGCCAUUUGCGCCCCGCUCACGUGGCAGCAGGGAGAUCUGCGGCGACCAUACCCAACGGAUAUCGAAAUGCGGUUGGGUUUCCUGGGGAAAUCCGACUUGAACAUCAACGGACACACCCUCCAGCAUCAGAACAGUCUAAACGAUAUGCAUCGAAACACGACGGUCGCCGGAGGAAGCGCCGGAGUGGGAACGGCAGGAGAGAUUCCCGCUUCGGCACAGAACCAGUUCGCAUGGCAUCCAUCCGGGGAGCUGCAUAUGACGAUGGGGGCUGGCACGGCGUCUGUUUCGCUAGAUACCAGGGCUCACAAGGAUGCCUCCCAGGACGAUGUGGAAGUGAUGUCUACCGAUAGUUCCAGCUCGAGCUCGAGUGAUUCGCAGUGAGGUCUCGACGCUACAGAGUUAAGCUUGUAUGCUACAGAGUUAAGCUUGUAUUUCUAAGGUGAUAAAUAAAGUUUCAGUAUCGUAAAGGAA